ACUCAACCUUACAACACAUUAAAACUCUUCUUCUCUUCCAUUUGUUCCAACAUUUUUCAAAUUAGGACAUUAUCAUCAUGGGUGUUGUGACCUACGAAUACGAAGUCGUCUCCACCAUCUCACCAUCUAGGUUGUUCAAGUCGUUCAUUCUCGAUUCUGACAACCUCAUCCCCAAGGUCGUCCCCGGGGCUUUCAAGAGCUUCGAAAUUCUUGAGGGCGAUGGCGGAGUUGGUACCAUCAAGUUGAUCACUUUUGGUGAAGGUAGCCAAUUCAAAUUUGCAAAACACAAGGUGGAAGAAAUCGAUGAGGCCAAUUGCACAUACAAAUAUAGUGUGAUUGAAGGCGAUGCUUUGGGAGAGGAGAUCGAUUCGAUCUCGUAUGUCGUGAAGGUCGAUGCUGGCCCGGACGGCGGCUCCGUGGUGAAAACAACGAGCUCAUACCACACCAAAACGGAGCACCACAGCAUCACGGAGGAGAAGAUCAAGGAAGGGAAAGAGAAGGCAAAGGCUAUCUUCCAUGCAAUUGAGGCUCACCUCCAUGCAAAUCCUCAUGAGUACUAGUAAUAAUUAAUAAAUUUAAGGGAACUAUCAAUGUUUUCAAAAUUUCCAAGAAAUAAAUUAUAUAAUGUGGUCGUUUGAAGUUGUAUUUGUUUGUGUUUAUGUACAAGGUGUGUAUUUUUAUGGCAUCCUUUAUUUGCUUGAAAUGUAAUUGGUUGAAGAAAUAAUUAUAUAUGUUUUUAUCUGCUUCUGGAA